AGAUAAUGGAUUGAGCAAAGGGCAGAACGUGGAUGCAGGGAGGAAAGGAAGAAAGCAGGAUAAAUAAGCUCCACACUUGAAGAUCUGAAGGAUCUUGCUCACUUCAUCUGUUGCAGAGGAAAAUGCACACGAGUUACUUACUUUCGGUGUUUGUGAAGGAGCUGCCUGGCUAUAUUCUCCUUGCUGGGGUCUUUAUGCCCAUGGCUUUACUCCUGCUGCUAAUUGCCUUCUUCAGGCUCAAACUAACAGAAGUGGAUGAGGAACCGGCCAUGGCAGAAGACCCCGUAAAUGUCCUCCUGAAUUACCAGGGCCAGCGGCAGAAACCCAGGAGAUCUGGACAAAACCAGAACAAAUAGAGGAACCGAAGGACAUUUCAGGGAGUCUCACAUCUCAGGAAACAAACUUAAAUCCAGUAUGCGGCUCUGAAGGUUUAAAAAUAACUAGCUGUAGAUAAAUACCAUGGAGGAAAACAAAUCAGUGAGGAAAAAAAAAAAUUAAAAAAAAUCAGUGCUGUGCUGUACAAAUGAAACAGCUGCUGCCGUACAAAAAGUCUUGUUACAGGUUUUGCUUUCUCACAUGAGGCCAAGCAAAGUACUUUAUGGACCUCAUCAGGCAUCAGAGACCUCCUACAACAUUCUGUA